UCGGCGCUCUUCGCGGCUGCUGCUGCUGGGCCGCCCGGACGGGGCCGAAGGAGGGGCGGCUGCGGGGCUCCCCUUCUUCCUCCCAGGACCCGACGCCAUGUCUGAACGGGAAGAACGCCGCUUUGUGGAGAUCCCACGGGAGUCCGUCCGGCUGAUGGCCGAAAGUGCGGGCGUGGAGCUGACUGACGAGGUGGCCGCUCUGCUGGCUGAAGACGUCUGCUACCGUCUUCGAGAAGCAACCCAGGUGGUGUGUGGCCAUGGCUCUCCGGACCCUCUCCCUUUCCGGGCCAUUAAGGAAGGAGAACUUUACUUCCAAGAAGAUCGCGAGGUCAACCUGGUGGAGGUUGCACUGGCCACCAGCGUCCCCAAGGACUGUGCAGAGACAGCCGUGAGAGUUCACGUCUCUUACCUUGAUGGGAAAGGUAACCUUGAGGCACAAGGAUCAGUGCCCAGUGCCGUCUCCAUGCUGACAGAUGACCUGUUGAAGUAUUACCAGCACGUGACUCGGGCCGUACUGGGCGAUGACCCUCAGCUGAUGAAGGUUGCCCUCCAGGAUUUACAGACCAAUUCAAAGAUUGCGGCUCUCCUGCCUUACUUUGUCUACAUCGUGAGUGGGGUCAAGUCGGUGAGCCACGACCUGGAGCAGCUCAACCGCCUUCUGCACAUGGCCAAGAGCCUCAUCCAGAACCCCUACUUGUGCCUGGGGUCCUAUGUCAAAAGUCUCAUUGCCAGCGUCAUGUACUGUGUCCUGGAACCUUUGGCAGCCUCCAUCAACCCGCUGAACGACCACUGGACCCUGCGUGACUACGCGGCCCUGCUCCUGGGCCAGAUCUUCUGGACUCACGGGGAUCUGGUGAGCAGCUUGUACCAUCAGAUCCUGCUCACCCUCCAGAAGGUGUUGGCUGACCCCGUCCGACCCCUCUGCUCCCACUACGGGGCCGUGGUGGGGCUCCACGCCUUGGGAUGGGAGGCUGUGCAGCGAGUCCUGUACCCCCACCUCUCGACGUACUGGUCCAACCUGCAGGUGGUGCUGGACGAUUAUUCGGUGUCCAACGCUCAGGUCAAGGCUGACGGACACAAGGUCUACGGGGCCAUUCUGGUGGCUGUUGAGCGGCUUCUCAAGAUGAAGGCCCAGUCCCUCUCGGUGCCCGCCCAGGCCGAGGGCGCAGGUUCGGAGGGGCGCCCGCGGGAUGGAGUGCCUUGGCUCAGCCCCCUCCAGGACGCCCAGGUGGAGUUUGGCUUCGGUAUCGCCAGCCACCUGCUACAGCUGGGCAGCGGGGUGGGCAUCCCGCCCAGCCCCCCGGCCGUCUCGCUGAACGAAAUUUACCAAGAACUCUACUACUUCUUCGGCGACAGCCUGGCCACCCGCUUCGGCACUGGCGCGGGGCUGUGCCCAGCGGGGCCGAUGCCCGCCAGCCCUCCCAAGGCCGCCGACACCAAGAAGGAGCAGCCGGCCUUUGGCGGCGGGGACGCCGUGCGCAAGAUGCCCCAGCUGACCGCCAGCGCCACCGUCAGCCCUCGGGAAGAGGAGAGCCCCCGCGUGGACUUUUCAGCCGGCCGGCCGGCCUUGCACCGCUCCGCCAGCCUGGCCCGUUCCCGCAGCGCCCUGCGCCAGCAAGGCCACCGGCCCGUUGCCCGGGACGUCUUCCAGAAGUGCCGUUUCUCCCUGCAGGGGCCGCCCCACUUCAGUUUUGUGAUCGCGGGGCGGCAGGUCGACCGCCGUUGCCAGGGCCGCCUCUUCCAGACCUCCUUCUUACAGCACCACGGCCCCACCCACGUCUCGCGCUACGCCCAGAAGCUGCCCAUGAUCGGCCGGACCAGCAAGCCCACCAAAAAGUGGGGCCAGUCGGAUUAUUCCCUCUACUUACCUCUCUGAGCAGUGGGCCUUUUUUCCCCCCCCAGAGGGAACACCUGUAAGGACCUGCCCGUCCUUCUCACUCCAGAAAGUAAAGACUGUCGAAAACUGA